AUCUCGAGCAUACCUCACUGCAAUGAGGCUAUCUACUUUUAUUAAACACAGUUCAGUAGCUUUCGUAAAUUUUUGAAAACCAAAACUCCUGCAAUAAAAUCACUUAAAAGUUUUGGCUUUGCUGUCUGUUCAUUGCUUUUAAUUCUAACAAAGAGUAAUGUCAUACUCAAAUCCAUGGUUUUUCACUUGUCAGCCAUAACUAUUAUUAUGGCAAACAAUUUUAUGUCUGAUGAAUUGGAAUCUAAAACAGCGAAAUUCAAUGCAAUUCUGGUACACAAGGAUAUUAAGACACCAACUGAGUUUAAGCUCGUUUAUAAAAACACCUACAAAUUGCCAAACAGUAGCACAUUUUUGUAAAACUUCCACCACUUCUCAUGUAGAAGUAAAACCUGGGGUUCUAAUGGUGAACAGCCAGUACAUGUUGGAAGAUCUAUAUUCUUCUCUUUUACUAGACUGUACCAGAAUGAAAGCAUUGGAAGAUGGCCUAAAGGUCCAUGCCCACAUGCUGAAAUCAGGAUUCAAUCAUAAUACAUCGGUAAACAAUAAACUUCUGAAUAUGUAUGUGAAGUGUGGGAGUAUGAUAGACGCACACAAAGUGUUCGACGAAAUGCCUCGAAGAGAUAUUGUCGCAUGGAACAGUGCUAUUGCAGGAUACGUGCAUCAUGGGAAAGCUUACGAAGCUCUGAAUCUUUUUACACAAAUGCAGAGGCUGAGCAUAAAACCAGACGAGUUCACGUUUGGUAGUGUGCUCAAGGCCUGUUCGUUCUUAAUGGAUUUGGAAUUCGGUGAGUUUGUGUAUGCAUACAUUAUCAAAUCAGGAUUUGAGAGUGAAGAAUUUGUGAGCUGUGGCCUUGUGUGUAUGUAUUCUAAAUGUGCUGAAAUGGAGAACGCACGGAAAGUGUUUGACAAAAUGCCUCAUAAAGAUCUGGUAGUGUUUAAUGCUAUGAUUGCAGGGUACGGGCAUAAUGGUUACGAUGUCGAAGCUUUGCAAUUAUGUUUUGAACUUCAGCAGACAGGUUUAGAGCCAGACCCGUUUUCGUUGUCAUGUAUUCUUAGUGUGUGUGCAAAUUUAGGAGCCAUUGAAGAGGGCAAGUCAGUGCAUGCACAUAUAAUUAAAACUGAGGCUGUAUUAGAUACUACUGUGGUGAAUGCUCUCAUUACUAUGUAUGCUAAAAGUGGAAGUUUGGAUGACGCUUUAAAGGUUUUUGACAAAAUACCCAAAAGGAAUGCUAUCUCAUGGAAUGCAAUCAUAGCUGGGUGUGCUUAUAACGAGAACAAUGAAGAGACACGAAAACUCUUUAGUCAAAUGCAAAACAUAGGUAUGAAACCCAACCAGUUUACUUUUGCAGGAAUUUUGAGGUCGUCCACGAGUGUCUUUUCACUAGAACAAGGUAAGCAGGUCCAUGUAUCUGUAGUCAAAAGAGGACUGGAAUCAGACGUGAUUGUUAGCAGUGCUCUGCUUGACAUGUAUGCAAAAUGCGCGAAGUUAGAGGAUGCACGUCUUCUAUUUGAAACAAUGCUCAAGCGCAAUACUGUCUCGUGGUCUACAAUGAUUUCAACAUAUGCUCAAAAAGGGCAAAGCGAGCAAGCUGUGAAACUCUUUACUCAGAUGCAAUUGUCAGGCAUGGAGCCAAACCAAUUCACAUUUGCAAGUCUUCUUAUGGCAUGUGCCAGCCUUGCUUCAUUCAAAGGUGGAACACAGAUUCAUGCGUACACAUUAAAAGGAUCAUACAGAUCUGAUGUUUCUGUUGGCAAUUCUCUUGUGGACAUGUAUGCCAAAUGUGGAAGUAUAGUUGAAUCACGGAAAGUGUUUGACAGAAUGCCUUAUCAAGAUGUGGUGUCAUGGACUGCAAUGGUUGUGGGAUACUCCCAGCAUGGACAGGGUAGGGAAGCAGUUCAACUCUUUGAAAAAAUGCAAUGGAUGGGAAUGAAACCUGAUCAGAUCACCUUUGUGGGUGUCAUAUCAGCAUGCAGUCAUGCAGGCCUGGUAUAUGAGGGUAUUCAUUACUUCAUAUCCAUGAGUGAAGAUUAUGGUAUUGCACCAAGAGAAGAACACUACAACUGUGUGGUUGACCUUCUCAGUCGUGCUGGUCUUCUUGAACAUGCAACAGCCUUUCUCUAUAAAAUGCCAUUUAAGCCAGCUGCUCUGGUCUGGGGAAGCUUGCUCGCUGCUUGUAGAAUUCAUGGCAACAUGGUAUUAGCCAAACAUGCAGCAGAGCACCUUAUAGAGUUAGAACCACACAGAAGUGGCUCAUAUGUGCAGUUGUCCAAUAUUUAUGCUGCUGCUGGUAGAUGGGAAGACAAAGCAAAGGUCAUAAAAUUAAUGAAAGAAAAAGGGGUGAAAAAGGAGACGGGAAAAAGUUGGAUUGACAUUAUGAACAAAGUUCAUACAUUCAGCACGGGAGACAGAACACAUCCACAGGCUGAACAAAUCUAUGCAAAGUUGGCCGAACUGACUGAACAGAUGAAGCAAGCAGGGUAUGUGCCUAACACAAACUUCGAAGCAGCUGAUGACACAAUCUGCGAGUCAAGCGCUGGCUAGUUACCAGUGGACUUAUUGCCACAAUCUUUGGGAAAUCUAUCUCAAUCAUCAAGAAUCUUCGCAUGCAAUGACUGCUAGAUUGUCAUUAAAUUUAUCUAAAAUAUUGCAAAACAGGAAAACACUUGAUGGACACAACUUCUCGCAUCAUUUCUGGAUUAGGCUUUGUUCGUGUGGAGGCUUUUGAUACUGUUAAGAGAAGCAAAGUAACAAUUUAUCUUUCGAUUACCUUUUCCUACAGAAAAAAGCAUUUAUUACUUAUGUUUUAUCUCACUUGAAUUUCACGCUAAAGCAUGUCAUGCAUGGGCCAGUAUCAUCGUAAUCCAUUAUCUCCUCAUGAAACAGUUGGUAUAAUUCUUGAUGCGGAGAUCCACACACCUAUUACACUCUUCGUUAUCUAGCAACCGGACGAGAACUCCUUGCUGUGAACCAAUCAGAUUCUGUUACUUCACAUUGAUGGUUGAUGUAUCUAGUUGCACGCUAUUUUCAUUUCCUUGCAAAAAUGUGGGAAGUUAACUGAUUUUUUUGUAAGAAUUUAUGAUGGAAAUUCAGUCUCUACUUUUUGGCUAGAUAAUUCUCAUCUUUACUUGUUUUAGGUUUUCAUUGAUUUGUAUAAAUCCUUAUGCAUAAAA